AAGUUAAAUGACAUGCUAUAAAAAAUAUCUACAGAAACAGAAAUAAUAAACAGGACUGUAUAUUAUCAAAUAAUGUAUAUUUAUUAAUGUCCACCUUAUGGACUAUUUCGUGAAAUGAACCCGGUAAUUACCAUGAACCCUUUUUGUGAAACAAUACAAUCAAAAAAUAAGCAUAUUUAUUGAACAUAUUGAAUAUUUAUAAUUUAAAUUUCCCACCCUUUAACACAGGAAGACAAUAGAAGAGGACCAAUGAUAAAUGACGUAGAAAAUCGUUUUCUCAUUGGUUAGGUUAAAAACAGAUGCGUCAAAGCGUCAAAUCAAUCAACUAACCGUUAUUGAGAAAAGUUUAGCGUAUGUUUAUUUAAUUGUGGUGCUGAAAGUUAUAUUUAAAAAGUGAUUGUUAUUUAAAAGUUAAGUAUAAACGUACAAGUAUCAAAAGGGAUACCUGAUAUAACAACAAUGUCUAGUUCUAAUAAUACCCAGGCGGAAUUUAGAGAUAUAGAAGUUGAGGAUUUCAAUUCAUCAGGUUGUGGAGAUAUGUCUUUUGAGUUAUCAGGCGACGUAAGUCCUCCUAGUCCACAUACUACAAGGAAAAUAGGUUUUUCACAAUGUGAUAAUAACAACGAAACACCAGCUCCCCAAAAAAUCAGCUUUAGUCCACCUUACAAAAGAGUCCGGGCAUUGAGACUGUUUGACAGCCCCCUUACUCCAAAAACCAUUAUACAAAAAUCAUCAAAUUGUACUACUCCACUGCCUAGAAGCCGAUUAUUUGGUGAUAAGCCAAAACCUGUACCAAGUGCUUAUGCAGAAAAAGAUAAACCAGCUGCAAAUGUAAAUCCUUUUACACCCAAUGGAAUGUUAUUGUCAAAAAAACGUCCAAGAUCUGUCAGAUCAGAUUCACCAAAAAUAAAACCUCCCAAUUUUGAUUUAAACGACUCUGAUGCAUCAGAUCAGGAUAUUGAACAGCCAACUAAAAGAGUCGCCUUACAGGAGAGUAAUAUUCCUCGCUAUCAUAGAGAAUUUCUUGAACUCGAGUUAAUAGGUAAAGGUCAAUUCGGAUCAGUUUUUAAAUGUGUAAAUAGAUUAGACGGUUGUGUAUAUGCUAUAAAGAAAUCUACGAGGCCUGUUGCUGGUAGUGCUUUUGAGAAAACUGCUCUAAAUGAAGUUUAUGCUCAUGCAGUAUUAGGUAAACAUCAGCAUGUUGUUCGUUACUAUUCAGCAUGGGCGGAAGAUAAUCACAUGAUUAUUCAAAAUGAGUAUUGCAAUGGAGGCUCUUUAGCUGAUAAAGUUUCCAAGGAGCCUUUAAGUGCGGUAGAGUUAAGGAGGAUGCUUCUUCAUGUUGCUGAAGGUCUCCGAUAUAUUCAUUCUGAAGGAUUGGUUCAUUUAGAUAUUAAACCUGCAAACAUAUUUAUAUCGAUUGAAAAAAAGGUUAAUUUAACGAAUUAUGAUUCUGCCGAUGAUGGAUUCGAAGACCUGGAUGACAAUUCAAUUUAUGAAGAGGAACUGACAUAUAAAAUUGGAGAUUUAGGUCAUGUAACAAGUUUAUCCAAUCCACAAGUUGAGGAAGGAGAUUGCCGUUAUCUUUCUAAUGAAAUUUUACAUGAAGAUUAUAGCCAUCUUACGAAAGCAGAUGUUUUUGCUCUUGGUUUAAGUGCGCUAGAAUGUGCAGGUGCGGGACCUUUACCUAAGAACGGGCCUGAAUGGCAUGCCAUUAGGGAAGGUCAAAUACCUCCUUUACCUCAAAAACUGACUAAAGACCUUUUGGAAUUAAUAAGGAGCAUGAUUCAUCCGUGUCCCACAGAAAGGCCAAGCACGAUACAGUUAUUGCAACACAGAGCUUUAAAUCCAGACGGUAGCAAAACGAAAGCUGAUUUAACCAGGGAACUUAAUGCAGAGAAGAUGAGAAAUGAAAUGUUGCUCAAACAGUUAAAAGAAGCAACAAUUUGCAUUAAAACUAUAGCGAAAGAUCCAAUGAAAGUUCCCACUUUGACAAAGAUGAGUUCCAGACUAAUUGGCAAGAAAGUUAAUCGUAGUGUGAGCACAACAACUUUUUAAAGUAUUAAAAUACCAUGCUAGGAAAAACUAUUUUUAUUUCUCUUCAUUUUUUUUCAUUUUUUUUAAAGACUUAACUUUUCAAGUCGCUUUUUCUACUCUAAUUUGAUUUAUUUUAUGACCAUAAAACACAUUUUUUUAUGAUAGAAUUUUUCUUUUUGGGUUUCUUAGUUUUUUAUUAUUUUUUUUAUUAAAACUGUAAAAUAAUACUAAAGCAGCUGUUUAUAAAUACUCUAAUAUGUAAUAUUAGUCUUAUGCGCUAAACCUAACAACAGUAAAACAUUUCAGUUAUAAGUUUAAAAUUUAAAUACUCAGUUUUUUAUUGCCAAUGUUACUGUUUAACUAUAUCAUAAUAUACUUUUGUAUUUAAUAUUCAAUAACAAACACUGUAUUACCAUAGAUGUCUUUAAUCAAGCAAUAACAUUGCAUAUUGAUAUCAACCUUACUCUGUUUGGUUGCUGAAAAAUUUAAAGCAUAUCAUAUAUAAUUUAAUUUUUUUUUAUUUUACACAUUAUAUAUUUAAUAGGAAACAAUCUAUUAACAAUUACAGAUAGGCAAAUAAGUACCUAUAUGUGAUUAUCAGCAACCAAAAUAAAGUGAGGUUAAGAUGAAAAUUCUAUGUUGUGGCCAGCUUAAUUAUAUUUUUUUAUAAUACAGUAUACUAAUCGUAUUUUAUGGUACUAAUCUAUACUUUGUUCAGGCUUUUUCUUAUUAUUUUAUUAAAAAAACAAUGUGAUAUGAAAGUAAUGCUAGGAUAUUUCUUCAAUAAUGGCUGUAUAACAUUUAAAUUAUUAUAUUUUUAAUAGUUUUCUUUGUUUGUAUGUAUUUUCUUGUUAAACAGUUAAGAAGUAUUAAUGAUUUGAUUAAAGAUAGGUUUUAUAAUGAUUUACUAAAUUUGUAUACGUAUCUUUUACUAAAUAAUAAAGGCAUAUUUUAAUAUUAAAACCGAUUGUAGUAAGUUAGAAACAACCAAGAUUUUGAAAUGCUAAAAUCUACAUUAAAGUUAUAAUUGUCAGUAUUUCCUAUAAAAUUGCAAGAUUUUGUUGUAACACUUAUAUAAGACAGUGUAACGGUUGGGAGAUAAAAUAAUUUCACCAUAUACUAUUUGUUUAAUAAUUCGGUAUGAAUGUGAUAAUUAUUUAUAGAUGUAAGAUUAGGUUAUAUAUUUUUCUUUAUUUUUUAGUUAUUUGUGACUUUGCUAUGUAGCACAAUCGAUUAUACAUUCCUUUUCAAUACGUUUAAGUGCAUAUUAUCAAUAGUUUAUCUUAAUGUUGUACGUUAACUAUUAUUUUGCCCAUGCCAAAUAUAUUUUAGAUUAAA